AUAGGCUAAUUAUUUCAAGUGAAUGCAUUUGAGAAAAACAUGAUUAAGAUGUAUAUUUUAUUUUAUUUUUUAUUAGCAUGUUUUUCAAACGUGAAAAAGGUUAAAUAGUGUGUUUUUUGAAAGAAAAAAAACUUUAUAGUAUAUAAAAGAUGCUUUAAAAUAUUAUAAAUAAAUUUAUUUUAAAAUUUAUAAUAAUUAAAAUUCAGUUAAUCACGUGCUAAUAGAUUUUAUUUUAUGCACGUUGAUUUUAUCUCCAUCUCUCUCAAACAUGACCGUUGAGCAAUUUAGGCGACACUAAUUUUUACAUUCAAACAUUUUAAGGCACAUAUUUGUGGUAUUCCAGUUUUUCAGACGUGAGCCAAAGCUGCACUUAGCACGAAUGCAAUAUGGUUUUGGAUAAAAUUUGACCAUAUACCUUCCAUCUAUUUUGAAAUUGAAGAUUUUACCCUCCGGACGGACUUUUUGGUUUGACAAGGAUACACCACAGGCAUACAGCAGGGGCAAAUGUACGCAAUCACGUGACAAAGCCCUGCAGCGUACACGAAACACGAGGCAAUGCGGCCCAGCCGCCGCCGCCACCCGCUGCCGCCGCUGGCACCUGGCCUUCUACUGAUCCUCCUCCUCCACGCCUUGGCGCCGCCGCCGGCUGCCGCGGCGGUGGGCGUGAACUGGGGCUUCUCCUCCUCCCACCCUCUCCCGGCGGCGCAGGUGGUGCGCGGCCUCCUCCUCCCCAACUCCGUCCCCCGCGUCCGCCUCGCCGCCGCCUCCCCCGACGCGCUCGCGGCGCUCUCGGGCACCGGGGUCGCGGUCACCGUCGGGGUCCCCAACGAGCUCCUCCGCCCCCUCGCCACCUCCAGGAAGGCCGCCGCCGCCUGGGUCCAUGACAACGUCACCCGCUACGCCUCCGGCGUACGGUUCGAGUAUGUUGCUGUUGGAGACGAAUCAUUUCUUCUCAACCAUGGGCAACAGAAUCAAUCUUUUCUUGUCAGUGCAGCAGCAAAUAUUCAACGAGCAUUGGUUGAUGCAAAGUUAUCCAAUAAAAUGAAAGUAGUUGUACCUUGUAGCUCAGAUGUAUAUCUGAACACAUCGGCUUUGCCUUCUAAAGCUUAUUUCAGGCCAGAAGUUAACGAGACCAUAGCUGAGCUUCUCUCUUUCCUUGCCAAUCAUAGCUCACCGUUUAUGGUUGAGUUGAAUCCCUUUUCGAGCUUUCAACAUAAGAAGAACCUGUCAUUGGAUUACUAUCUUUUCCAACUAAUGUCACAUCCAGUAAGUGAUGGCCAUAUCAAGUAUGACAAUUACUUUGAUGCAAGCAUAGAUGCUCUGGUUACUUCUCUAACUAAAGCCGGAUUCAGUAACAUGGACAUCAUUGUUGGGAGAGUAGGAUGGCCAUCAGAUGGAGCUGUUAAUGCUACACCUGCUAUUGCCCAAUCCUUCAUGACUGGCCUGGUCAACCAUCUGGCAAGAAAAUCUGGGACUCCACUACGUCCGAAAGUGCCUCCAAUUGAGACAUAUCUCUUCAGCCUUUUAGAUGAAGAUCAACGAAGUAUAGCGAGUGGAAGUUAUGAAAGACACCACGGCAUUUUUACCUUUGAUGGCCAAGCAAAGUAUUAUGUCAACUUGGGACAAGGUUCUAAAGCUCUGGAGAAUGCUCCUGAUGUGCAGUACCUUCCGUCAAAAUGGUGUGUGUUGGAUAACAACAAGGACAUAUCUAAUGUUUCUUCCAGUUUCUCUGCAGCUUGCUCCAAUGCCGACUGCACUGCUCUGUCGCCUGGUGGCUCCUGCUCAGGUAUUGGCUGGCCUGGUAAUGUGUCAUAUGCGUUCAACAACUUCUAUCAGCAGCAUGAUCAGAGUGAGGAAGGCUGCAGCUUCAAUGGCCUAGGUCUGAUAACCACUGUUGAUCCAUCUGUUGAUAAUUGCAUGUUUAAUCUUGCAAUUGACACAUCUACCGCUGCUUCCUUCCAUCCAAUAUUGGCCAUGUUGCAGAUAUUAGUUUUGUUUUUCUGUACUUACAAUUUAUUGUGAUGUGGCUAUCUAUGAAUGUAUCACUUCUGAUGUCUUUGGUCCAAAUUGUGAUGGCUCUAUAUGCUCUGUUCCUUUUCAAGGAAUGGAAUGAUGGAUGAAUGUUCACGUUCUUGAGUUCCUAAAUGGUACUAA